AGCCAAUCAGCGUGUAUGCAUUACCAGCACCACGAAAACCACAUCGAAAGUGCAUUAUUUUAGCGCUUCUGCCGACGUCCAACUUGGAUGUGGACAGUCACAGCAGGCCAUCUUUGCCGCAAAGGGCGGCUUCAUGUCAGUGUCGGGAUGGAGACAGCAAUUCAUGCUAGACGAGUCAGCGAGUCAGCAAGAGUGCGCCACAAGGAUAAAGCCCUGGCCUUUUUCUUUGUUAGAAAAAGGCUGAAGUGCCUGCUUGCUUCUUCUUCUUCUUUUCUUCUCUAUAGAUCAUGGAUUGGUUCAGAUUACAUAUUCUUUUGCUGCUCAAGCUGGCCGGUUUGAUAUGCUAGGAUUGAGAGGACCGUCUGAUCUAGACUCAUGUACUCUCUCGCGCUGCGAUUACGCUAUGAUGGUCCGAGUUCUUCUCCAUAUUUCAGCGGAGCGUUGUGUUGGCUCGAAUAUAUUCGCCCGGACUUACUAACAUCGAGGCUCAUACUUAUAAAGUAUCAAGACUUCCCUCACACGGCCACUACAACUUGGCGUGUUUAGAGAAGAGAGGUGAAGAUGGAUUUUACCUGUACUGACGCCAGAGAUUCGAUCCUAACGAGACGUCAUGUCGAUUCUCGCUUGACAAGUCGCGUCCUCCAUGCAAGCUUCUUUUAGUAGUCAACAUCCAGACAAGCAAAUCUGAAUGUCAACCACACAGACACGUCGUGGCCAAGUGAUAACUACUUGAAGGAUUCUACCCUGGAGAAUUGCGUAACCCACAACCUCUUAGGCUCGCAAAACGAUCCUGAAACGGUUACAGGAUAGCCAGCUGCGGCGGUAGAAUUCAUGCCAACAAUAUCCCAACUUAUCUCCGUUCGUUAAAAUCAGCUCUGGGAAAAUCUGUUCAAAAGGCUGGAGCUACAAUGCUGCGCCUCCAGAUGGAGAGAAUGCCACUUGCGGUUUAGUUUACGCACUUAAGGAAAGAUUUACGAGCCUUGGCAUAGGUUAAACUCAUCCAGCCCGACAGCCCGAUGAAUCAUCACGACCUCCUCUUGCUCAUGACGCAAGGACACUCAUCUCCCGAAUGAUCGCUAGGUGAAAGGUGAAGAAAUAUUAAAGCGAGACGGCGCUUUAUACAAGGCAGAUGGGUCAAUUCAGCUGUCGAUCACGCAGCGUCGGUCUUGCUGUCGGCAAACGUACCAUUACUCAGGUAUCUGGUAUCAGUAGUAGACCGAUGCAGAACCGCAAUAAACUCCCUUUGCAUGGUUGCCCUGGUUUCCAGGGUCGAAAUUAGGAUAUGAAAUACGCAAGUUCUUUAUUGUCGUUGCACUGCCUGAAGCUCGAGACAAGCCCUGACACGAUACCCGCCACGAGGUAUUGCAAAGCCUUUGAGCCAUACAAGAGUCUAAAUCUUAAGCACUGGCUAGCCAUGAAGUUUAACUGGUCAUGAUGUGAUUUGGGUUGAGAAAAAUAGAUCCUUCCAUUCCAGAUGUUUCGGGCGUAAGAGACGCUAGCCUUUGUACCAAGGGACGAUCCUCCUCGUGGCUUGCACCUGUUGAUUCACGGAUGCCGGAACAUCCUAACAAGUCAUGUCCUUCGCUUGGCUUUCCUAAAGUUUACCUGCACAUGGCGUUAGUAGUAUGGACACGGUGCAUUAGGCCUCCGUUCGAAUCUGGAAGUUCUGCUUUAAUACCGGGCCCUUCAGCUCCAAGGCUGAACGGAGCCGUCUGGUAUAUAAAGAUGACAACUCCUUCGUCAACUUCUCAUGCAACAGCAACAAACAUCAAGCAACAAACAAUUUAGACAUAUCUACAGCACCUUUACACCCUUGUUGGAAAAAUACCAUCCAUCUACUCGGUCUUCUCUCGGGUGGCGGUUAAACGUCCCUAUUGAUUACCUUCCUUCCAGUCACCACCACCUUACAUUCUCCACAAUGGACAAGUGUACUCUAGAGACCUGUCCCAUAACGGAGAGUAUCUACCAGUACAAGCCAUCGCUGGCCGGCAAUGCUGCACUCCUCGCCAUCUUUGCCGCCUCCGGCAUUGUCCACUGCCUACAAUACUUUUUUUUCAGGAACGGUUCUUACUCCAUCCCCAUGAUCCUGGGAUGUCUGACUGAAGUUAUCGGAUACGUCGGUCGUGUUCUCCUCGCCGAUGACCCUUUCAGCCAGAAUGGUUUCCUCAUUCAGAUCUGCUGUCUCACUCUCGCUCCUGCUUUCUUCUCGGCUUCGAUUUACUUCUGUCUCGCUGAUAUCGUCCGCCUCUUUGGUGAGGAAGCGUCAUGGAUUAAGCCACAACAUUAUGCCUGGAUAUUUAUUCCUUGUGAUCUUGUCAGCUUGAUUCUUCAGGGUACCGGUGGUGGUCUGGCCUCCGUCGCCGCCGAUAAAGGCACAGACCAGGCACCCGGAACAAACACUAUGAUUGCCGGUUUGGCUUUCCAGGUCAUCACCCUCGUCGUCUUCAUCUUCCUUACCCUUGGAUUCAUUGUCCGUACCAUGCAGUCCCGAGCUCUUCAAGAGAAGGAAAUGGGUGCCCGACCAAAACUUCCAAUCCGCCGUGAUCGACUGGUAACUUUCGCCGUUCCAUUUACUGUCGCCAUCGUCACUAUCUUCACUCGUUGCGUCUACCGAGUUGCUGAACUGAGUGGGGGUUGGGAUGGAGAUUUGAUCCACGAAGAGGUCACCUUUGUUAUCCUCGAGGGAGUGAUGGUUGCGAUUGCUGUUAUCUGCCUGAACAUCUCGCACCCUAAGCUUCUAAACCAAAAAUAAACUCUCUACUUUGUCUACCUCCUUAUUUGCAUCAAUACCCCAGUUUUAUAGAUCAUUUACUCGUGCUCAAUACUUCCAUGGUUCCUUGUUUUCCCCUAUAUACCUGAAUGUAUCUAUCUCGUCCCUCAACAUUCGCCUUCCCUUUUGCUUCAUCUGAUGACCUAGUUUAUGUGCUAAUACAGUUUUUACCGUGGUGCCUAUAAAAGAACGAUAUUUUGACAAUUACAUGCUUACUAGAGUAAAUGAAAUGGCCUAUUCCUCUAAUAGGCUACUGUCUACUAGGAUACUACCUGUAUUACAUAAGCAAACUCAUACCUAGCCUUGAUACUUUGUCUGGAUUAGUCAUCCACUUAAUGUUAGAACUCGCAGUCUUGGCUCAUGUUCCAAUAGAACACGGGGCAGAUAGGCCUUUUUGUCCC